CGACGCGCACAUACAGAAGCGCGUACAGGUUUAUUUGUCCCGUCGAGGUAAAUAGAGCUGCUGAUGGAUACAGUUGCCUCGUGUAACCACAGUGCGAGAUCUCCUCAAGCUCGUACCACUUCCCCGCUGCUGCAAACCCACAGCGCACACCAUGCGGCGCUCCAUCGACGCGAUGUCGGCCUUUUCAAACGACGACUUUGCAGAGUAUGACUUCGUUUCCGAGGGACAGCGUUCGCUCGAGUCGAGUAUAGCGAGCUUGGGGCUAGGAGGUGAUAAUGUAGCCGAGAUACACGAGCCAGCGCCAUCGCAAGCGGCUCGCGCGACCUUCAUAACACCAUCCUUGACACCUGAAGACAUACGUGCAUACGUUCAGAGGUCUCUCGGUCCCGACGGAAGAAUAUACAAAACUGUAAGAGUCUAUGUUGAUGGCCUAUUCGACCCCUUCACAGCAGGCCAUGCCCUACAGCUACGUCAAGCCAAGCUGUCCUUCCCGAAUGUCCACCUGUUGGUGGGAGUGUUCCCGGGCGGCCGCUUGGAGCAGUAUGGCCGCAAGGCCAGAAUUCCGCACGUCGAGAGGUGUGAGCUAGUGCGGCAUUGUCGAUGGGUAGACGAGAUUGUCGAGGAUGCGCCGUGGCAGAUUGACGAGGCGUUCCUAAACGCACACCGCAUAGACUAUGUCGCGAUCGACGAAGGAGCAUCGAUCGACCCUGCGUAUGGCAAGGAGAGAGUCAAGGGAUUCGACUUGGUCAAGAACCUUCGCAAAGCUGUCCCGACUAGGCCAACACCAGGGCUGACAGCACUGCAGCUGUGUGAGAACCGAGGGAGCGAGACACCCGCUUUGGAACACGGCACCAUCAAAGGCUUGCCGUCGUCGAUAAAGAUGCCCACAGGGCAGGAUGAAGAGAAGUUCGAGGAUCCAUUUGAGGUAGAUGAGCCACCGUUGAGCUUUUUGGAAUAAUUGGUAUGUUCAAAGAGUGGACGCGGCCUCGAGUCAGAUACUUGAAAGGCUUCGUGCCGUCGGCUAUCCCCGAUCACAUCAAACACCCACCCAUCUCCUUUCAGUUUCGUUCUUUGCGACAUCCCCACUCAUUUCUGCCUUGGUAUGUGGCCUUCACGCUUCGCUUUUCUUUAUAUUUCAAUCUCGACUACCAAGGCAGCUCUACGUGAAUAUACAUCCC